AUGACUUCUCCUAUUAUUCAAAAAGAACUUGCAAAUGCAUGUGCCGUUGAAACUGUUAAAAAAAUAGUUGAAGAAAUUGGAGAUGGUUUCUUUAGUGUUCUUGUUGAUGAGUCCGGUGAUUGCUCUGGUAAAGAACAAAUGGCAGUAGUUGUGCGUUUUAUUGAUGAUAGGGGAUUUAUUGUCGAACGAUUUAUUGGCAUUGUUCAUGUUGAGGAUACAAGUGCGAAAGCGCUUAAAGAUGCUCUUGAAACUUUGUUGUCGGGAUUUGGAUUGUGUAUAUCUAAAAUUCGAGGACAAGGAUAUGAUGGAGCAAGUAACAUGAAAGGUCAAUUUGGUGGAUUGAAAACCUUGAUUCAAAAAGAGAAUCCACAAGCCUAUUAUGUGCAUUGUUUUGCUCACCAACUUCAAUUGGCUCUUGUUUCAAUGGCUCGGAAGCAUGAAGAUGUUGAUUGGUUUUUCCUUGAAGUGUCUCGUAUUGUAAACUUUCUACGGUUUUCUAACAAACGACAAUCUUUACUUCGAAAAAAACAAGUUGCUCAUUUUGCAAAUCUAAUUGAGGAUGAGUUGGUGGAAACGGGUACCGGUUUGAACCAAGAGUUGUCUAUUGCAAGAGCGGGUGAUACACGGUGGGGAUCUCACUUUCGGACUCUUAGUAGGUUGAUUGAUUUGUUUACUCCUAUUAUUGAAGUGCUUGAAGAUUUGAAAAGUGAUAGAUAUUCAAAGGGUGAACCAAAAAGUUUAUUAUUUGUCAUGCAAACUUUUGGUUUUGUUUUUAUGUUGCACUUAAUAGUUGAGGUUUUGUCGUUGACAAAUGAUUUGUCUCAAGCAUUACAAAAGGGAGAUCAAGAUAUUGUUACCGCCAUGCAACUUGUCCAAGUAAGUAAGAAAAGGCUUCAACAAAUGAGAGAUAAUGGGUGGGAUGCAUUUUAUGAAAAAGUGGUGGAUUCUUGUGGUAAUCUUGAAAUUGAUGUGCCCAACAUGGAGUCAAGGUAUGUAAAAGGUAAUAAAUCCAAAAGACUAGCUCCGUUAUUGACAAAUCUCAAUUAUUUCAAGAAUGAUUGCUUUUUACAUGUCAUAGAUUUUAUAAUGAAAGAGUUGGGUGAUCGAUUUACACCGGAAAAUGUUGAGUUGUUGAAUUGUGUAGCAUGCUUGAAUCCUUAUUCUUCUUUUCAAGAUUUUGACAUUAAAUCACUUGUGAGGUUGGCAAGAUUCUACCCAAAUGACUUUGAGAAUGUUAGUGAUAAGGAGUUGUCUAGCCAACUUGAGACUUAUAUUGAGUGUGUCAAGAUGGACGAUAAUUUUUCCAAGUUGAAGGGUAUUUCGGAUCUAUGUAGGACUCUUGUUCGUACAAAAAAACACAAGACAUUUGGAUUUGUGUACACACUUUUGAAGCUAGCUUUGUCAUUACCGGUGGCCACGGCAAGUGUUGAGCGAGUAUUUUCUGGCAUGAAAUAUGUGAAGAAUGAGUUGAGAAAUCGAAUGGCAAAUUCAUGGCUUAAUGAUUGCUUGGUGGCAUUUGUGGAAAAAGAAGUGUUUAUUACAGUCGAUGAUCUAGAUAUUAUCAAGCGUUUUCAAGCCAUGAGUAAGAGGAGAAUGCAUUUACGGUUGGACUAG